AUGCAAUCAAGAAACGACACAAAGUUGAAUUAUAAUGGAAAUAUAAAAAUUGAAUCGAAUAGAUCUAUUCUUGAACAUUUGGCAAAUGAAAUGAUUUAUGAAAUAUUUGAAUAUCUUGAUUAUUAUGAUGUUUAUAAUGGUUUUUGUUAUCUUAAUAAACGAUUUCAAUAUUUAGUUCUUUAUUCAAUUAUUCCAAAUAAACAUCGAAUUAAUGUACUUUCUUUAUCAAAUCCAUUUGCUGUUGAUAUUGUCUUAUCACCACCUCCUAUUAUUUCAGAUUUUGUUCGUCUUGAAACAUUAAUUCCCAUGUCGCAAAAAUCGGAUCAUUUUUAG